AUGCACUCGUCUCUGCCCACAGAGGUCUCAGUGCAGAGAACUGAGUACACCCUGUCUCUUCUCCCUGAAGGCUUCUUCACGGAAAGGAUCGGCAGAGACGCACAGAAAGGCAGGGCCCAGCUGCCGCCGGAGCGCAAUGUCGUAGGCGCCUCUGCGCCGCUGGCGCCCCCGAUUGGCCGAGUCCUGGUCACGUGGCCGCGCCCUCGCCGCAAGGGCCGCUGGGAGAACCGCUGUCUGGGCUUGGGUUGUCUGCGUCGCGCGGUCGCGGGGGCAUUCGGUGCGGCAGGGACGGGCGCAGACGUGGAGGUCGCGCGAGCCCGGGGGAGUGCGGCCACCCGCCGGCGCGGAUGCGGCCGCGGUGUUGGUCGCACUUCUUUUUCAGGCGGCGGAGCGCACUUGCCUGACGCGGAGCUGCAGACGGACAGGAGGGGUGGCCGCGCACCCCUCGUGAGGACCGGGAUCGCGGGUCCGAAGCUCGUCAGCUUCCGCAGCUGGGCACUGCGCACAGCUGCUGCGCGCCCCGGAGCCGGAGGCCGGCCGCCGGGACCUCUGGGCUAA